UGCUGUGUGGAGAGAUUUGACGGAGGGACACUCCUGUACAUGGACCAUCACUGCGCUGCAAUCCGCCGCCUGCUCACGCACACACACGCAUGUAAUGCCUCGCUGAAAUCUGGACGUACACGGUGGAGAAAACGCGCAUGUGAAUAUUUUUAUUUUUGCAUGUCAGGAGAGGAGGAACUAGUCGCCGGUUCCGCGGCUGUUUGUCUUUUCUUAUCGCUUCUCCCCCCCCCCCCCCGUAUGUCACUCUAAUUAAUCGGAGGCAUGUGGAAUCGCACCAGGAUUAGGAAUCGCUUCCCAAUAUUGUGCCUGCUGUUGACGUUAUGGACGGAGGUGUCCCAGUCAACCGGCUAUUUCGAGCUGCAGCUGAUCACCGUGGCGAAUGUAAACGGCGAGUUGGCGGACGGGGAGUGCUGCGACGGCUCCAGGAGCUCCCAGGACCUGCGCUGCACUCAAGACGAGUGCGACACUUACUUCAAAAUCUGCCUGAAAGAGUUCCAGAUGGAGGUCACCACCACCGGCUCGUGCACGUUCGGAGCAGGAUCUACGCAAGUUCUCGGUGGAAAUACGUUUUCUUUUAAGAGCGCAAAGAAUAACCCGAAUAAAUUCGACAACGGAGGCAAGAUUUUGAUCCCGUUCCAGUUCGCGUGGCCGCGGAUGUACACGUUGAUUGUAGAGGCCUGGGACUGGGACAACACCACGCGCAACAUUGAGGACGAGCUGCUGAUCGAGCGCAGCAUUCACACUGGUAUGAUCAACCCCGGCGACCAAUGGCAAACCAUCCUGCACGACGGGCCAGUGGCUCGCCUCGUCUAUCGCAUCAGAGUGCGAUGCGACGAAAACUACUAUAGCAACAAGUGCAAUAAGCUGUGCGUUCCUCGGGACGACUACUUUGGCCACUAUCGCUGCGAGCCUUCAGGAGCCCGGGUGUGCCUGGAUGGCUGGAUGGGCUCAGACUGCGGGACAGCGAUCUGCAAACAAGGCUGCAACCUGUUAUACGGCGGCUGCUCUGUCCCGGGGGAAUGCAAGUGUAACUACGGCUGGCAGGGCCAGUUCUGUGAUGAAUGUGAGCUUCACCCCGGAUGCGUCCACGGGACCUGCAAUGUCCGGUGGCAGUGCAACUGCGAGACAAAUUGGGGUGGCAUGAUGUGCGAUAAAGAUCUGAAUUACUGUGGUCGCCACCAGCCUUGUGUCAACGGAGGAACCUGCACCAAUACUGAACCGGACGAGUAUCACUGCGCCUGUCCUCAGGGAUAUUCUGGCAAAACCUGUCAGAUAGCCGAUCACGCCUGUGUUUCCAACCCUUGCGUCAACGGUGGCGCAUGCCACGAGGUUCCCACAGGGUUCGAGUGCCGGUGUCCGCCGGGCUGGGAGGGUCUGACCUGUGCCGACAAUUUGGACGAGUGUGCCUCCAGUCCAUGUGCUCAGGGUGGAACCUGUGUCGACCUGGCGGAUGGCUUCGAGUGCGUGUGCCCUCCACAGUGGGAGGGAAAGACCUGCCAGAUAGGUGAGAUAUCAACACAAACAUUUUAUUUUACCAGAGUCGGUUAAAAAAAACAGUACUACCCGUGUUCAGGAUUUCAGUUCUUUGGCAAACAACUCUUCAUUUCUCCAGGGAAGACGUGUUUUUGCAGGAGUUUCUUUCCGUUUCCUAAAAAAAAUAAAAUGACCUCGGAGACACUGCUCAGAUGUGUUUUUGGAUUUAAAUUGGCAACCAGCAACCUGAGGUCCAUUGCCAGAGUACAAGCUAUCAAUAUCCUGGAUGUGCUGGCAGCUGCCCUGCUCUUUUCUUUUUUUUUUUUCUCAAUGACUUUAUGAGCUACUAGUGUGUCUAUAUCCGGCUGUUUGUUUGUCGCUGUCUGUGGCAUUCGUUUUUACACUACGCCUACCGUCCCAACAAGCGGACGUGACCAGCGUGAAGCCAGGAAAUGGAUUACGACCGGUAAACAAAGUUAGUGUGUGUGUGUGUGUGUGUGUGUGUGUGUGUG